AUGCAAAACAGCAAUAAGAAUUCAAAGUUAUUGAUUACCACUCAAUCAUAUCAGCAUGCGUCUGAUACCAAAGAAUCUUUAAAAAUACAAAAUAAUCAAACUAAAGAAAUAGAAACCACAAAGCCUUCAACCACAAAAAUCAAUACGAAAAAAAGCCACAAGAAGCCAUGCUCAGCAUCUACAAGACGAGCAACAAAUGAGACAAAUAGCUCAAAAUCUCCAGUGACAAGCCAAGGGAAACAAAUAAUGCUUUACAAGACAGAAGUGUGUAGAAACUGGUCAGAAAUUGGAUAUUGCAGAUACGGCAAAAAAUGUCAGUAUGCACACGGUAACAAGGAAAUUCGUGAUAUUCCAAGACACAAUCGCUACAAGACUCAGUUGUGUCGUGCUUAUCAUGAAGAAGGUGCUUGUCCGUAUGGUACUCGUUGUACCUACAUUCACGACAUCGAUCCUUCAAGCUUGAGCUAUGAACUAGCUGCCUUGAUACCAUUUAAAUAUACGGCAUUGCCAAUUAAUAGCUCAACUCGCCAUGAGUCUCGAUUCUUUAGGAGAGAAGAGAAAAUAUCUGAAAAUUCGCACCCGGCGGUUGCAUUUUCAAAACAGCAGGAAGAAGAACAGUUUCAUAGUGGUUCAGAACCGGCGCACACUAUUUGGAACUCAAAACUUGGUCUUGAAAUUGAGGAUACGAUCAGUCUUAGUCGGAGAGAUAGUCUCAGCAGCUCAUCCGAAAGCAUCCAUAUUGCUGAAGAUUUACCCAAGAGCCACACAACAGAGCCAGAACAGGGUAUUCCAUUAGAGACUUGUGUCUCUCCUUAUUAG